CAGUCCCACGAUUCAAACCGCUAUUUAUCGAAAGUGUAAACCCUUUCUAGCGGGGGGCUCCUGUAGUGACUCACGUUUAUCACGAGAACACGACUGGUUUAAUAAAAACAAUUAUUAUUAUAACCAACUGUACCAGUGUUUGUUUUAACGUGCUUUUGUUUGACUGUGCUAAUGACAGCUAUUUUGUGCUUCCAUUCACUUACUUACACUUCGAUUGUAACUUCGCGCGAAUUCGGUUACCUUCUGUAACCAAGGUUGUAUCCUGGCACGAUCUCGGUAUCCUUUCGAUGCCACGAGAUCGCCAGCUAAUAAACCUCGACUUGGUCCAUUAACUGUCUUCUGAUAUUUGGCUUCUCGGGGAUUUUAUGGAGUCAUUUGGAACGAGCUUCUUACGCCUUCUGAUCUAAUUGGCACGUGUUUCUUGGUAGCGGUGUUCAUAGUUAAUCUCAACUCGACGCCACGCUACAAUUGGUAAUCCCAAUUCGAAUACAAUUGGUGACCCGUAUUUUGGAACACGCCUCAUCCUCUGAUCAAAUCUUCCAAAGAAGCCAAUUUGGUGAGUCUAUGAUUUAUCUAUCCACGUCUGUCGUAUAUUUUCAUAUUUUUUAAUAUAUAAUAUACGCGACAUGACGGAUAACGAUAAGAAUAGUAUUAAUAUAAUAGACUCACACAUAUGUGUACCGAAUCCUUGUCACUUUUUAUUCGCGUGAUGAUGAAUUCCACGCUUUAUUCGACAAAUGUUACCCUAUUAACGAUUCUCCUCGCUGACCCGGCUGCUUGGUACGGAAUGCAUACGCAUAAGCAUAUCCGUCUACCACCCAGCACCAAAUGGUUAAGUAAACGGUUUCACUGCCAAUUUAAAAGUGCUCUACGAGCACACGAAAAUGGCAACUGGCACGAAACCUUAUCGCUCGUUCUUUUAGGGAUGAGAACGAACUUAAAGGCAGAUAUCCAAUGUUCCGCCGCUGAAAUGGUAUACGGCACGACAUUGCGUCUGCCCGGAGAAUUCUUCACACCACGGAGCAGACCUAAUUUCGCUAAAUCAGACUACGUCCAACGACUGUCUGCAUUUAUGCGAACGCUGCCUCCGGUGUCAACUCGAAUACAACAUCGACAGGUCGCUCUCCCUCGAGAGUUAUCUACCUGUUCACAUGUUUUCAUACGAGUAGAUUCGGUACGCAAACCUUCGCAACAACCUUACGAAGGCCCUUUUCACGUGAUCGCUCGUCACGAAAAUACCUUCAAGGUUGAUCGAUAUGGACGCGUCGAGAUCGUCAGCAUUGAUCGUCUCAAACCAGCACACGUCGAUGACAGUGCCCUAUCUGGUAACCUGAGAUUCAAUGCUAGACCUAUUAAACCUAGCGGGAUCCUUAAAUCUUCUUCGGGUCCCACGCUAGAUACAUCUGAGACCUCAUUCUCACGUCCCAGUCAACAGCACGCGUCAUCUGCACCGUCUACGGACGAGACGACAGUCUCACGCCCAGAUCAGCAGACCACGCCGCCCUCGACUUCGGAUGAGAUUGCAGGCUCACGCGACGUGAACGAGACUGUCGUCUCACGUUCCGGUCGCCGAGUACGGUUACCCGUACGCUUCCGCGAAUAGUUGCACAGUCAACAACCGAUACGGUGUAGGGUUAUUCCUAUACUACACGCAUGCUACACUCCUCUUUUUUUGAUUUUCUUUUUGUUUCCUGAGCCCACGCCUUCGAUCAUCUCCGUUUGGUUCCGUCGACUUCAGUCAACUUUGGCGAAAGCUGGCCUGAUCACCCAUGCUCUUGUCAACGUACUCAGUCGAUAUAUUGGUUUCGAAUGCUUGGCAUACGCUUGGUCUCGAACUUGGUCGUUACGGUCGCUUCUGGUCUUUUGGCUCAACGUGGUUUCGUCCUACGUCUCCAGCGUUUUUGGUGCGCACCUCUACGAACGCCCUCUUCAGAUUCUGGAUACAAACCACUCUGGUAUAGCAUGCCAACUCAAGCAAUAAAUACAACACAUCGCUCCUGGUACCGUUCUCCGAAAACGACCUUCGAUGGCAACUCGACGAUCAACGAUCGCUUUCCUGUUCGCCAAUUCUUCCGUCCUACAAUCGCUCGUCAGCCGACCAGUCCCACGAUUCAAACCGCUAUUUAUCGAAAGUGUAAACCCUUUCUAGCGGGGGGCUCCUGUAGUGACUCACGUUUAUCACGAGAACACGACU